UGCGCCGCCCGUUGCCUAUUGGCCCACGGCCCUGUCGCUCAGGGCUCGGUCCCUACUUCCGCUUCUUUCCUCCAUUUCCUGUAGGCGCCGGCCGAGCGGAGCGAAGCGGGGAGUGAGGUCUGCGAUUUUCCCGUUUCCAUCGUACAGACAGCUCUACUGCCAAGAUGGUCAAUGUGCCUAAAACCCGAAGGACUUUCUGUAAGAAGUGUGGGAAGCAUCAGCCUCACAAAGUGACCCAGUAUAAGAAGGGGAAGGAUUCCCUGUAUGCCCAAGGGAAGAGGCGCUACGAUAGGAAGCAGAGUGGCUACGGUGGGCAGACAAAGCCGAUUUUCCGAAAGAAAGCUAAAACCACAAAGAAGAUUGUGCUGAGGCUUGAAUGUGUAGAGCCUAACUGCAGAUCAAAGAGGAUGCUGGCAAUCAAGAGAUGCAAGCAUUUUGAACUGGGCGGAGAUAAGAAGAGAAAGGGCCAAGUGAUCCAGUUCUAAGCUUUUAUCUUUGAGAGGAAAAUGUUAAAGCGGUAGAAAAAUUACCUGUAUGAAAAUAAAUGCAGUGUUACUCUUACUCA